AUGGCCCCCUCUCAGCUUCCCCCGAUGUUCAACCCCACCCCCCAGGACAUUGAGAUGCUCCUGGCUGCUCAGUGCCACCUGGGUUCCAAGAACCUCCAGGUGCACAUGGAGCCUUACCUCUGGAAGACCCGUCCCGACGGUGUCAAUGUCAUCAACAUUGGCAAGACCUGGGAGAAGAUCCUCCUGGCUGCCCGUAUCAUUGCCGCCAUUGACAACCCCGCCGACAUCUGUGUCAUCUCCGCUCGUCCCUACGGUCAGCGUGCUGUCCUGAAGUUCGCUUCCCACACCGGUGCCACCGCCAUUGCCGGCCGUUUCACCCCCGGUAACUUCACCAACUACAUCACCCGCUCUUUCAAGGAGCCCCGUCUCAUCAUCGUGACCGACCCCCGCACCGACGCCCAGGCCAUCAAGGAGGCCAGCUACGUCAACAUCCCCGUCAUCGCUCUGUGCGACACUGACUCCCCCACCGACUUCGUUGACGUUGCCAUCCCCACCAACAACAAGGGUCGUCACUCCAUCGGUCUGGUCUGGUGGCUCCUUGCCCGUGAGGUCCUCCGUCUCCGCGGUACCCUCGCUUCCCGCGAGGCCGAGUGGGACGUCGUUGUCGACCUCUACUUCUACCGUGACCCUGAGGCCGAGGAGAACAAGGAGAUCGCCGAGGAGGCCAAGGUCCCCGGUGCUGAUGAGAUCGGCGCUGGUGCCGUCGAGUCCGGCUUCGCUGGUGAGAACUGGGAGACCCAGGCUCCUGGUGCCGGUGUCCCUGGCACUGCUUUCGCUGCUGCUAGCGCUGCUGGCGCUACCAGCUGGGAGGCUGAUGGCGCUGACUGGGCUGCCAGCUCUGCUGCUGCCCCUGCCGAGAGCUGGGCUGCUGAGGCCCAGGGUGCCGAGGGUGCCAAGUGGUAA